AAUAUAUACGGAACCACCCCUCCGACCUCCCUUCCGCACGGGCCACGGCCUUCGCUCUCAAAGCUCUAAGCGACCCGAUUCUCCAGCUCCGGAAGGAAACCCUAGAUUUUCUGAUCCUCCUCCAAGCUCUGCCCGAUCAACACUUACAACAUGGCCAAUUCAGCUUCAGGAAUGGCCGUGAAUGACGACUGCAAGUUGAAGUUCCUUGAAUUGAAAGCAAAGAGAACCCACCGUUUCAUAAUUUACAAGAUUGAUGAGAAGCUCAAGCAGAUUAUUGUGGAGAAGCUUGGAGAACCUUCUUUGAAUUAUGAGGAUUUCACCACCAAUCUUCCACCAAAUGAAUGUCGCUAUGCCAUUUACGAUUUUGAUUUUUUCACCGAGGAAAAUGUCCCUAAAAGCAAGAUCUUUUUCAUAGCCUGGUCUCCUGACACAUCUAAAGUGAGAAGUAAGAUGCUUUAUGCAAGCUCCAAAGAAAGCUUCAAGAGGGAGCUGGAUGGGAUCCAGGUGGAGUUGCAAGCAACUGAUCCAUCUGAGAUGGAUCUUGAUGUCAUCAAAGGUCGUGCCAACUGACUGUAUUCUGAAGUGAGAACAUCAUUGUUGCGGUCAGUCAUCAUUAAUGAAAUGAUUAUAGUUUAAUGGUAUUGUAUCUUUUCGAGCUAUCACAAUAUUAUCUGCCUUAUUUUCCUCUCAUCUCUCAUUAAUUUCAGACAACCUGAUGAUUUGUUAUUUGACUUAGUAUGUGAUAUGUGCUUAUACUGUUGUGGCUACAGCCUAUUUGUAUGCAACUCUUUGAUGGAUAUCCAACUAGGUGAGACUUCUACCUAGUGCUUUAUUGUGAGAUAAUAUUCGGUGGAUUCA